CUCGGGUUGCACAGUUCCCGUCGAGUGUCGAGUUGGUGAAACGGUUUUUGGACUUGCUGGUCGUCGGUCGCCGCCAUCAAUCGUUCGUGUUAAUUCACACCCCGUGUGCCAUUGAAGAAGCUCUAAAUUAGCAGCAGCGCGAGAAGCACUCAGGUUCAGCACUUUUCACCUCCCUUCUCUAUUCAAUAAAAUUUAAGCAAAUUUUUGCGCAACCAGUUUGUAGCGAGUGUGUGACACGAAAAUUGUCCACGGUUUUUUAAAUCACCCGUAAAGGAAACCCCCGAGAGAGUUAAAACUACCCCAACACCCACAAUGAGCUGGCAGGAUUAUGUUGACAAUCAGCUCCUGGCUUCCCAGUGCGUAUCGAAAGCGGCCAUCGCCGGUCACGAUGGUGGCGUUUGGGCCAAAUCAGAAGGAUUCGAGGUGUCAAAAGAAGAACUGGCGAAAAUAGUGCAAGGCUUCGACAAAACCGAACUGCUUACCUCAGGCGGCGUUACCCUGGCCGGCCAGCGUUACAUCUAUCUGUCCGGCACCGACCGAGUGAUUCGGGCCAAGCUGGGCAAGAUGGGCGUCCACUGUAUGAAGACACAGCAGGCUGUUAUAGUUUCAAUUUACGAAGAGCCAGUUCAGCCUCAGCAAGCGGCAUCUAUAGUCGAAAAGCUUGGAGAUUAUCUGAUUACCUGUGGUUAUUAGAAGAGGUAAAAACUACUUUCAUACUGCUUUUUAUAAUUUAAACUUUAGAAACACAACUUGAAUAAAAAAGAAGCAAAAAAAUGAAAUAAAAAUGAGAAAAAAACAUGAUAUGCUUACUGCUGAGAUAGGAUUGAAGUGAAUGAAGGAAAUAAAAACAGUUGCAAAAACGAAUGCUUAUCGUAAGAGAAUGAGAACGAACGAAAAAAAAAGGAGAUUCUAUAUUUCUUCUUUUGCAAAGUCAAUAUUUAUAAGUACCCCUUUGCGCUAGUUUUCCUUUUUUAUUUUCCAUGUGAGAUUGUGAGAAACAGUUUCGUCGCGAGAUUGAGAGAAAGGACAUUUGCUGGUUUUACUUUCAUCUUUCUUUACAUCCUACGAAUUUAGUGGUUGUUUGUGUUUUGGUUCGCUUUUUUUGUUUUCACUCUCUCUCAGGCUUGUCGAGAUAGUUUUGCUGUUUUCUAUGUUUUUUUUUCUGCGCACGGUGGUGUAAUGUUUGCGUUUCUAAUGGAAGAACAAGAAGAGGCACUUUACCGAAAAUUACGAUUUGAUUUCUCUAUUUUGUUUUCUUCUCUCUUUCUCUCUUUUUUAUUUGCAGCCGACGGCGGCGGCAGUGUGAGCGUAUCUCUUGUAUUUGUGUAAAAUCGUUUCCGUAAAUUAAGAAAUUGUAAUUUGUAUUAGCUCUUAAAAUCGCAAAGCAUCUCUCUGAAUUGGUGGAAUCGAAGAACAAACAGGCAAACAGAUUGUAACUGAUUUGAAGCGCGCAGAUUAGAAUAAACAAAAGAGAAGUAAAAAGAGAAGAACCAGCCUCGAACGCGCGCGCGAGAGCCGAACGGAGCCAGCUUGCAUUCAAAAAGAGGAAAAAGAAGAGAAAAAGUUUCUAAUGCAUUCUUCGAUGUGUGGCACACAGGAGCGGAGAAAUGAAGUCAUAUAGGAUACGAGCAUGGGUUGUAACACGUCAGAACCAUGAAAAAAAGAGAGAAAAAAACAUGAGGACAUGUGUGAAACUAACUUUGUGAAGGCAAACAGCAAAAAUGUGCAGAAUUUAUGAGCAUUUUUGGUGGACAAAAUAGAAGCAGGAAAGGGAAUGAAACGCAUAACUUACUCUACUAUUAUUAUCAUCCGUAAUUGUAUUAAUUAUUCAGAAGAAACUGCUGAGGUAGGAAACAGAUUUCGAUCAUUGAUUUGCUAUACAAAAAAUCAUUUUCUUUGUCGGACAGCAUAAAUAAAAAACCAUAAUAUGAGAUAAACAAGCAAAACACUAUGAUAAGGAUAAUACAAUGAUAAUAAAAGAAACACAAGAAAAGGAUAACAGCGAAAACAUAAUGAAAACAAUGUGUGUGAUUUAUUACUAAUUUAUGAAUAAGUGAAGAAGGCAAGUGAAAAAUUAAAGAGUUUUUAUGUCUCUUUAUUUUCUAUAAAUUAUUGUAGAUUUUUGUGAUUAUAACUUAUUCUUACCUUAUAAUCGAAAGAAAACAUGCUAAACAUGGUCUCUGUAUCGUUUUUUCACCAUUUCUUCCAAGCAAAACAAACACAAGCAUCCCUUUUUCGUUUAUUUUCUGUCUACCCAUUGAGCUACUUUUCAUGAAUGUCCUUUCAAGUAAGAGAAAGAAAUAAAAACAAAAGUGAAAAGAUAA